AUUAGUUUGCUCUGCCUGCUAAUCAGACCGUGUAGUCGAACACCGAGACGCAAUCUAGCCCGUACAGUUUCUGUUGACGUGGUGACUGUUAUCAGUUUGUGGGAAAUCUCCAAAUUCAUGAGGAGAAGUUAGUAAAAUAGUGCUAUUAAAAACGAGAAGUCAUGCUGGACUUUGCCAUCUUUGCUGUCACGUUUGUCAUAAUUUUGGUCGGCGCUGUUCUCUAUUUGUACCCGUCAUCCAGAAGGGCCUCUGGCAUCCCAGGUCUCAACCCUACAGAUGAGAAGGAUGGGAACCUGCAGGACAUUGUGAACAGAGGCAGUCUGCAUGAGUUCCUCGUCAGUCUGCAUCAGCAGUAUGGGUCUGUGGCGUCGUUCUGGUUCGGCGGUCGGCCGGUGGUCAGUCUGGGCUCUGUGCAGCAGCUACAGCAACACAUUAACCCCAACCACUCCACUGACUCCUUUGAGACGAUGCUGAAGUCAUUGCUGGGUUACCAGUCGGGAAUGGGAGGCGGGGCCACCGAGAGCGUGAUAAGGAAAAAGGUGUACGAGAGUGCCAUCAACAACACGUUGAAGAACAACUUCCCUCUCGUGCUCAAGCUGGUGGAGGAGCUGGUGGGAAAGUGGAAGUCUGCCCCGGACUCUCAGCAUACCCCUCUGUGUGCCCACCUGCUGGGUCUGGCCAUGAAGACCAUCACCCAGCUGGCUCUGGGCGAGAGCUUCAGAGACGACUCCGAGGUGCUCUCCUUCCGCAAGAACCACGACGCGAUUUGGUCAGAAAUCGGAAAAGGUUACUUGGACGGCUCCCUGGAGAAAAGCUCCAGCAGAAAAGGAACUUAUGAAAAGGCUCUGUCAGAGAUGGAGUCUGUGCUGCUGUCGGUGGCGAAGGAGAGGAAAGCCCAGAGGAAACAGACAGCGUUUGUGGACGCUCUGCUUCAGUCCAGCCUCACAGAACGACAGAUCAUGGAGGACUGUAUGGUUUUCACUUUGGCCGGAUGCGUCAUCACUGCCAACUUGUGUAUCUGGGCGCUUCACUUCCUGUCCACCUCGCAGGACGUUCAGGACAAACUGUACCAGGAGCUGGACGACGUUUUGGGUUCCGACCCAAUUUCCUUGGACAAGAUCCCUCAGCUCAGAUACUGCCAGCAGGUCCUCAACGAGACGGUGAGGACUGCCAUGCUGACCCCCGUCGCGGCUCGGCUUCAGGGAGUGGAGGGCAAAGUCGAUCAACAUGUCAUCCCCAAAGAGACUUUGGUCAUCUACGCUUUGGGGGUCGUCCUGCAGGAUUGUGACACCUGGAGCACCCCGUACAGGUUCGACCCCGAUCGAUUUGAGGAGGAAUCAGUCAGGAAGAGCUUCUGUCUGCUCGGAUUCUCAGGGAAUCAAACGUGCCCAGAACUCAGGUUCGCCUACACUGUCGCGACUGUCCUGCUCAGCACGUUGGUGCGGCAGCUGAAGCUUCACCAGCUGAAGGGACAGGUCACGGAGGUGCGAUCCGAGCUGGUGUCCACACCUAAAGACGAAACCUGGAUCACCGUCAGCAGAAGAAGCUAGAACUUAUUUUUAAGAAAAGUCGUGUUUCUAAAAAACAAUAUAUUUAACAGAAUGAUUCAAAGGAAUUAAAGUAUUUCUUGAAUGUUAAGGAUCUAGUCUGCUGGAGAAACGUCAUUUCUCAUCAGAACGUUUUUUAAACAACAUUAUGCUCUUAAAUUAAACUCUUAAUUGUCAUCAUUCUUGACAGGUCGAAUUUGUACUUGUUGAAAUCUGGUAAAGGUGGGGAAACUGUGGUUUAAUACUCUACGAUGUAGAGAAAAACAACUUGUACUGCCAAAUGUUUUUCUGUAAUUCCUAGUACGUCUUUUGAUAUGGCCCACGUGGCAUUUACUUUUUUUAAAUACGACUGCGUCUUACAUAUUAAUAAAUAUGUAUAAGGAA